AGCAAAGCCCGUGGAUUCUAUUCCUAGUCACAAACCUGUAACUAGGCGGGAAGGGGAUUAGAUACAACCCAUUCCCAUUUUUGCGGGUUACUAUGACACCGCCAUGUAUGUGAAACCGCCGCCGGUAAACAGCGGGCAAACAUCACGGUUCGUUGGCCCGUUACGAGGUAUUGCGGUCGAGGAUUCGCGCAAAUCUAUAUAAAAUGGGGCAUGUCCUUCCCACGGUCCUGGUCAAGAUAGAGGGAAGUCUCUCUGACUCUUGUCGACCAGCCUUUCUCAUUCUAUCUCUUCCUUUCCUGGUUUUGUUUCUUUCUCAUCUUUAGGUCAAGAUGAUCUUCAGCAAGGUAGCUCUGGCCGCGGCAGCCAUGAUGGCUUCCUCGACCGGUGUAGUUGCCAAAGGAACUCAACCGGGCAGCAGCAACAGAUGCGGAACACCACACAUGACGCCCGAGCAGGUGCACAACUACAACACGCUCGCCUCUCAGUCGAUGAACAAACUCAAUGCCUUAAAGGCAAAUGCCCAGAAGACGGGAGGCAGUUCAAUCCAGAAGGUUGAGAUCGAGGAUUUGCAGGAGAAGGAAAUCAAAAUCUAUGUACACGUCCUGGCGAACGGUACUAAGGUGGAAGAUGGAUAUCUCGAGGAAUCCCAAAUCCACGAACAAAUCUCCGUCCUCAACGCCGAUUUUAGCUCCGCCAAACUUUCCUUCCGCCUGCAAAACAUUUCCUACACCAUCAACUCCACCUGGGCCGUCGGCGACGACGAAGAGGGCUUCAAGUCCCAUCUUCGCAAAGGCGAAUACACCGACCUAAACCUCUACUUCCCCAUCACCCUCCCCGACUCUCUUUUGGGGUAUGCCUACUUCCCCGUCUUUCUGUCCCAAGACCAGGCCUUCAACAACCCAGACGGCACAGGACAGGACAUGUUCACCCUCGACGGCGUCGUAAUCCGCUCCGAUACUUUGCCCUUCGGCACCUUUGCGCCAUUCAACUUGGGCAGGACGGCGACGCAUGAGAUUGGGCAUUGGUUUGGUCUUGAUCAUACUUUUGGGAGUGGCGGGUGUGAGGGGAAGGGGGAUAUGAUUAGCGAUACACCAGUGGAGGCGUCUCCGGCUUAUGGAUGUCAGGUUGGAAGGGAUUCUUGUCCGAAUCAGGAGGGACUGGAUGCGGUGCAUAAUUUUAUGGAUUAUUCUGAUGAUGAUUGCCUGACGGAGUUUAGUCCGUUGCAAAAGGCUUAUAUGCAUAGUGCGUAUGAGACUUAUCGGCAGAAUGUUUAUGGGGUUAAGAAGUGAGAAAGGGAGUUGGAGUUUGAAGAUGGCUUGUAAUGUGGGAUUGAGACGUUACCCUUGGAUAUAUGAUGGGGGUAUAUUGGCCAGGACUGGAGUUGGUGUUCCUUUGGGGUUAAAAGCUUUGUAGAUUAUCUGUUUCCUGCUUUGGAAAGAAGAUACCCCUUUUUUGUUUUGCUCAUGGCGAGAACAUUAAAUCUGGCAGGUUCCCCUUCUUGAAAAAGGAAUCGAUGUACUGGAA